UGCGGAUAGAAGUCGUUCCGCGAGCGUUUUUAGUUUAGAUUUUUUUUAAUUUUUUUUUGUAAUUCGUUUUGUAACUUUAGAACGAAAAGAUUGCACAAUGAAGGAAAAAUAUGGAGAAAUGUUGAAGUUGGAAUGACAAUGAAACUGAUUAAUUAAUAAUCCGCAAAUAUUUUCGCAGUACAAAUACAAAUGAAUAAUUUACAGUGUUAACAAAGAUAAUAAAAAUGAAUCUACGGACCUACGUGCAAAAUAUAUAAAGAAGUGUUUUAUUUAAAAUACAUAUGUACAAUAAUUGUUCGCCUUUUUGUGUAUAAUAUUAAAAUUUUGUACCGAUGACACUCUCUCGCGACGAACUAAAGUAACUUACCUACAAGGAAGCGAUUUUUUUUUGUUCCAAAGUGACAAAGGAAGUUUGAAAUUGACGCAGCGACAACACGUUUCUGGACAAGAAUUUCUCUGUUCGAGCAGCUAAUUAUAGAAUAGAAUCCAAGUGUGUCGCUUUUCACUCUCAUUAAACGAAUAAAAUAAAAAUUUAUUACAUAAAGACAUUAGACAGAUGUGCCAAAUGGUUAAAAACCGGCAUGGUGUGAUAAAAUUCUCGCGGAGAUUCGGAGAGAGUGAAAUUAAAAAUUGAUUCAGUGCUGUCACAAAAAAGGGUUUCAUCUCCUAAAAAGACAAAAAAAAAAAAGAAAAAAUGUCAGUGAAAUAUACCUCAGCAUCGAAUGGCACAGCGGAAGUAAUUCCCAGUUGCAGUACAAGUAGCAGUAGUAAAGAACAAGUUUAUGCAUCGCGUCACAGCUACGACGGAGAAGUCAGUUCGGGAUCGACAGCGGGCUCUUUUACCGUGACAAAUCUCACGAGAACGUUAGACAUCAAAUUCGACGACAUAAAUUACACCGUAAAGACUGGAAUAUUAAAGAAAGAACAAAAGACAAUUCUCAAAAACAUCAGCGGAGACUUUCGUGCUGGCGAACUAACAGCAAUUAUGGGACCAUCGGGCGCUGGAAAGAGUUCGCUUCUCGACAUCCUCUCCGGAUACGUAGAAACAUACAAUGGCAAGGUAUCGGUGAAUGGCCUCCCGAUUAAUAUGAAGCAGUUUCGACGACAAUCGGCGUAUAUUAUGCAAGAUUGCAACUUGCAACCUUUGUUGACGGUCAAAGAGGCGAUGCAUUUUUCAUCUAGUCUGAAAAUUGGUGAUGAAAUGUCCAAAGAAGAUAAGAAAAUUAGAAUAGAAGGUAUUAUUAAGGCAAUCGGAUUAGAAAAUGCGAAAAAAACACUCACAGGACAACUAUCGGGAGGACAGUUGAAACGUUUAGCAAUAGCAUUAGAAUUAGUUAAUAACCCUCCUGUAAUGUUCUUUGAUGAACCAACAACUGGAUUGGAUUCGUCGAUGUCAUUCCAAUGUAUUAGCCUGUUGAAGCAAUUAUCUCAUCAAGGAAGGACAAUUAUUUGCACAAUUCAUCAACCGAACGCUCUAACAUUUGAAAAAUUCGAUCAUUUAUUUGCUGUUGCUGAAGGAAGUUGCAUCUAUGCUGGAUCGCCUCACAAUUUAGUGCCGUUUUUAUCAGAAGCAGGUCUCAAAUGUCCUUCAUAUUACAAUCCCUCAGAUUAUCUACUCGAGAUUGCAACCAACGACUAUGGUUUUCACAAUAAUUCUCUCUCAAAGAAAAUACAAAAUGGCCGUUGCUCCGUGUAUCGCAAAAAAUCCAUCAUAAACGAAAAUGUUCGUAUUCUGAAAGAAACAUCAACAGUCGAUGGUCCAACAGCUGCUGAAAUGCUCCUGCCAUCAAACGAAGCUCUCGCAAAUCCCGUUGACGAUAUCGAUGGCGAUACAACGACAAAUGCCUCGACACACGCCAAAUCCUGUUCACUUCCGAAAAAAUGUUGUCGUCGCAAUGAUCGCUAUCCAACGUCAUUUUUCAAGCAAUUUUGCGUGUUACUGAUGCGAACAUUUCUGAUAUUGAGCAGAGAUAAAUCGAUGACGACAACGCGAUUGGUUAUUCAUUGUUGCAUGGCGCCUCUAAUUGGAAUUUUGUUCUUUGAUAUUGGAAAUGAUGCGAAAUUCGCAAGAAGUAAUUUGAACUACAUCUUCUUUAGUAUCAUGUUUUUGAUGUUUACGGCAUUCAGUGCGAUGCAAUUGGCAUUUCCAUUAGAGCUUCCGAUCAUCACGAGGGAACAUUUUAACCGAUGGUACAGUUUAAGAGCGUAUUAUUUGGCAAUGACAUUAGCUGAUGUUCCCAUUCAAAUGCUUUGUUCGACGAUUUAUCUCAUGGUCACAUACUAUAUGACAUCACAACCGAUGCAAUUCUACAGAUUUGGACUUUUUGUCACGAUUUUACUGAUGGUUGUCUUCGUUGCACAAGCUCUCGGACUGUUUGUUGGCGCUUUAUUCAGUGUCAAAUACGGUGCAAUUUUCGGUCCAUUUUUCAUCUCACCAUUUCUCAUCUUUUCGGGAUUCUUCAUCCGUAUUGUCGAUGCUCCCGGAAUUCUAACGUGGCUAUUUCAUGUGUCAUUCCUCAAAUACGCACUCGAAGGCGCAGUUUUGUCGAUUUUUGGCUACAACAGACCCGAAAUGCAAUGCGAUGAGAUCUUCUGUUACUAUAAAAAACCAAAAAAAUUCAUCCAAGAUAUGGCUCUCGAUAACGGAAGUUUUCUCCAUGCAUGCAUUUCUUUGACCGUCAUGUUUUUAGUGCUUCGAGUUGCUGCAUUUUACGUCAUGUCAUACAGAAUCAAACACAAAAAUCAGCGUCUCGACUGCGAUGCACGUUGUGUCGCUAAAAAUUGCACAAAGAACAAUAAAAAUAUCGUAAAAGCGACUGAACUUUCUGUGAUCUCGUCAAACCGGUUCCGGAGUCACAAAAAAAAUUGCGUAAUAAUGAGUGCGGAUAUUCAUGCAAAGUGUAAUGAGCAGAAAAUCGACAUCGUUGAAAGCAGGAAGAAAGCAUCCAGUAUCGAUAUUUGCUUUAAUGGGUUAACUUACUCAUCAAAAACAUGCAAAGGAGAUCCAAUUACAAUUCUCAACAGCAUCGAUGGAAAAUUUCAAUCAGGAAGAUUAAGUGCUAUUCUCGGACCAAGCGGAUCAGGAAAAACUUCCCUUUUGAACAUUUUAAGCGGAUUUAAAAAUUAUGGCGUUUCCGGCAAAAUCUUCGCAAACAAAGAACCGAUAGAUUUUCGAACGUUUCGUCAUGCCUGCAGCUUCAUCACACAAGAACUCGCUCUUCUCGAAUACUUGACGACUUUUGAGACUCUCAUGUUCGCUGCGGAGCUGAAACUUCCCUCAAAAGUUUGUCAAACGGAAAAACGCGAAACAGUGAAAGGAAUUUUACGACUUUUGGGACUUCAGAGAUGCGAAAAUAACAAAGUUUAUCAUUUAUCGGGCGGAGAAAAGAAACGUUUGUCAAUUGGCGUCGAGUUGAUUACAAAUCCGAGUGUGAUGUUCUUCGAUGAGCCCACAAGCGGGUUGGAUAGCGUGUCGUCGUUACAGGUAAUCAAGCAUUUGCGUGAGUUAGCGCACGAUGGAAGAACAAUAAUCGUCGUUGUGCAUCAACCGAGUUCGAGUUUGCUGCAAUUGUUUGACGAUUUGUACAUUUUGACGAAUGGAAAUUGCAUUUACAAUGGAGCUUUGGAUGAAAUGGUCGAAAGUUUUCAGCAAGUUGGAUUAAAUUGCCCGAAUUAUUACAAUCGAGCGGAUUUCGCGUUGGAAGUUGCGUCGUUCGGGAUGAAAAAUGACACAGAAGAAGCGGAAAAUGUCGAAAUCAUGAAAAAUGGUCUUGAAAGGCUAAUUUCGCUGAAUAAAAUGAAGGCAAAAGAAUCAGAAGAUUACGGAAUCGAUUGUUUGGAUGACGGAAGUGUCUCUGUUGAACAAAAAAUGUUAUUGGGAGACAUGACUCCUCGAAGCAGCAAAGAUGGAAGUAUAUCAUCAGAAGUCGAAGAGGAAAACAGAAAAAGUUACGAAACGUCAAUGAUGAAGCAAAUCCUUGUUUUGACUCAGAGAUCAAUGUUAUGUACUAUAAGAGAUUUGUAUUUCGCCCAAUUACGAGUCAUUGCACAUGUAGUUGUCGCCCUCUUACUUGGAAGUGUCUUUUAUGAUGUCGGAAAUGAUGCUUCAAAAGUGAUGACAAAUUUAUCCUGUCUCUUCUUUUUCUUACUUUUCAUCUUUUUCGCGAAUACCAUGCCAACUGUUCUUACAUUCCCUUGCGAGGCUCAAGUGUUCGUGAAUCAAUGCUUCUUGAACCAUUGGUAUUCCUUGAAAGCAUAUUACUUCUCAAAAAUCAUCGCAGAUCUGCCGUUACAACUCAUCUGUCCCACACUUUUUGUCACAAUCUCGUAUUUCAUGACGGGACAACCCUUUGAAUGUGAUCGAUUUCUGAUGCUUCUCUUCAUUUGCGUGUUAAUGGCGACAAUGUCACAUUCUUUGGGACUUGUUGCGGGAGCAGCUUUUAGUGUAAAACACGGAGUCUUCCUUCUUCCAGCAACCAGCAUUCCAAUGCUCAUCUUUUCCGGCUUUUUCAUCCGUUUUGAUGAGCUUUUUUCGUUUUUCAAGCCAUUUACGUAUGUGUCAUACUUCCGAUAUGGGUUAGAAGGAUCUGUUCAAGCAAUUUAUGGAUAUAAUCGAUCAAAAUUGGAGUGUCCUGAUCCAUUCAAGUAUUGCGAAAGGCGCCCGGAUAAAUUUUUGGAGAGAUUGGAUAUGGCGAACGAUUCUUACGUCUUUGAUGUUUGCGGAUUACUUUGUUGGAUUCUAAUUUUACAAAUUGCGCUCUUUUUUGUGCUGAAAUUGAAGAUCGCAAAAUGUCGAUAAGUGUGAUAAUUUUAUAAAAGAAGAAUUUUUUGAUACUUUUAUACGUAAAUUAAAGAUAUUUUUAUUA